CUUCAGGGAUGGUGUUGGAGUACCAGAAGCCGUCGCGGCCGAACCUGGGGUCGAGGUCCGGUGGGUGCGCCCAGGACGUGAAGGAGACGACGCCGUCGCUGUCGGCGGUCCCGCGGGUUGGAACGAAGUCCAAGACGAAGACUCCGUACUUCUGGAUGGCUCUGCUGAUGAAGAGGCCGCCCUUUCCGUGAUACAGUCGGAACUCUCGAUCGAAGCGGUCGCACUCUAGGUGAAUACUCUUCAACAUUAGUUGGCUGACGCUUAGGAUAUUGUAGCCAAGGUUGUCGACGACGAGCACUUGUGAGAUCUGUAGUAUCACAUUUGUCUCGCUUGAUUGACCCGCUAACUGUUCCAACCAUGGUCUCGUGGUCUUCGCCCCUGUGAGCAGUGCCCCGCUUCCCGUCAGUCCAGCAGCCGAAUCUGAUUGCCAUACAGGCAACAAUGAGAGCAUUUUCACAAGGCUUGUCGCACAACGCUUGUCUGAACAGACAGGACUUCGUCACAGGACUUUGGUCGCAGGCACUAGUCGCAAGUCAUUAGAACUUCGUCAGAGGACUUAGUCGCAAGACUUGGUGUUCGGAUCGUCGAAUCAAGUCAAGAGCUCGUAAAGCUCUUUCCACACCUCGUCAGUCAAGAUUCUCGAGUAACCAAUUCGGCUUCUUGUUGUAGAGUUACUUUGACACCACUUCGUUACUUAGCAAGUCGAUCUGUCACAAUGCGGACUCCUAAGAACGUUGCGCCUUAGUAAUCCCAUCGCCCGUCAGCACGAUUUCGUCACCCGCCAACACUUUCUGAUGGUCUCUAGGCGCCUCAGACUCAGACUUCGCCACCCUUAGCCGUUCGCGAUGGCGCCGUCGCUUCGUGCGAUUCGUGCGACGUUCGUGUGCCUGUCGCUGAACCUGACACUGUGCAAUGUCUUCAACGGACGCUACUAUACCGCACCGACGCUCCCUCCCCCCGCGAGUAGCAACAUUGCGAAUGCGAACAGCAGGGAGGGGGAAUCCGCAGAGUCAGCGGGGUUCGUGCUGCCGAGCUCGACGCGCAUCUGCGAUGCGGAUGAGAUGAUUAUUGGCGCGGAAGGAUUACUACCCUCUUUGAAGGAACACUCAUGGAACCCCUGCUUGUGUAGUUGGGAGGUGGAUCUGAUCGCAUCAGUGCCAGCUCAGCAAAUGACAGCACCCCACCGUCGUCAACGCUUGCAAGACCGCAAAUGCCUUCCUCCGCUCGUCAGAAAAGGAACCCGUUUGUUCAAGCUCCUUUCUCCGCCUCCCCCCUCUGCUCUCCCUCCGCCCGCCUGCGACCCCGCUUCCCCUGGGCGAGGGGGGAAGCUUUUGCUGGGGGGAGCGGAUCUCUGCGCCCUGAUGCGCCUGGAUGGGGUGGGGGGAGAAGCGAGAGCCGUUGGGGGAGGCGCUGGGGGAGGAAACAGCGAGGAAAAGGGAGCAGCUGAGAGACGAGAAGGCACUGGGAAUGCAUUGAGCGGAAGGAGAGGAGGACGGGGUGGGAAGAGCACGGAAGACGGGGAUGCGGCAAAGGUCAAGAGGACUCUAGUUCAGGAGAAAAGCCGCGAGGAGGCAAAGGAGGAGAGGCUGAGGCAGACGAUGCAGCAGGAAGGGAGGAAAGCAGAAGCAUCUAAACAGUCCGCUGGAGGACUGAGGAGCACCAUGGAGCAGCGAGAGAGGAAACCAGAGGAAGACAGGAAGCAGAGUGAGAAGGGUAAAGAGGAGACGAAAGAGGAGAGGCUGAGACGAAUAAUGAGGCAGCAAGAAAGGAAGGCAGAGGCGGACAGUCAGCAUAGCCAGAAGAGAGCGAGGCAAGGGCCUGGCGGUGGGGCUCACGGCAUGGGAGUGGAUCCCGUCCACCAGCUGGCACUCGGCAGAGCGUUUUCUGCACUGCGGCAGGGAAGCUACUCGGAAGCUGCUAAAGAAUUUAAUAAGCUGGAGGCGGUGGACCAUCCCGAUGUACGACAGCACAUGCUGUUGGGCCGGGGCAUAGCCUUCACUUUCUUGGGCCAGCCAGAUAAGGCGCUCAAGGACCUCACCAAGGGCACAAAGCACUUCCCACACAUGGUCGAGUUCUGGCGGCGUCGAGCUCAGGUGCUGUCGUCGAUGGGGCGGCGGGCAGAGGCAAUAAGCGACUACACGCAAGCUCUGCAGCUGGAGCCAAACCACUACGAGACGGUGCAAGAAAGAGGAGUGCUGGCCUUCCAGGCGGGUGACUUCUGGACGGCCAUCGAUGAUCUCACAGCCGCACUCAAGCGCCAACCCAAUGAGCCCAUGCUCACCCGUGCUGUGGCGCUGAGUUAUGGAGGGGCGGGCCAGUGGAGGGACACUGUGAACAUACUGGAAGAGGCAGUGAGGCGGCAACCAGGGGUGGCUCUGCUGUGGAAUGAGAAGGGCCGGGCACACAAGGAGCUGGGGGAACCGGAGCAAGCACUGGCUGCACUGCGCAAGGCGCUGGCACUGGAAGAGACAGCAGAGGCAUAUCUACGCUUGGCCGUUCUGCUGCAGAGCAUAGGGGACCACAGGGCCGCCAUCAAAUACGCCCACAAGGGGCUGAAGCUGAAGCCCAUGGACAUCGAGCUCAAUUACGCGGAAGCUUCCUCGCUGCAUGCAGUUGGGGACUACCGUGCUGCUAUAUCUCAGUACAGCCUUAUUCUAACGCUGCCUUCUCAAGCGGCCACCGAGUAUGCGCAGGUCCAGCAGUCCCUCGCCUUCUACCAGAGGGACAUCGCCACUUACACAUGGUCCAAACUCAGCCGCCCUUUCGAUGAUUUCCAAAUUGACCGAGACCUUGACGUCAGUCUCAAGGAGGCAUGGAUUCGACGGCUUCCGCCUGCAGUGCUUCCCCCCACCUACCGCCCCCUUGACCUCCCACCAGGCGCCAAGGGCAAGGGCAAAUCCCCUGCCCUGCCGUCACUAUCUGAGGAGGCUCUGGAUCUAAUAGCAAGGGCGGAUGAGAUUGGGAGGAGGGCGCAUUACUUCAUGGAUGGGUUCAUGCCAAACAAAAGACAGUUUCGCAUGGCAGGGCUGGCGGCUUUGGAUGUGAUGCAGCAGGUUAGAGCAACGUGGGAGGGCAUGGCACGAAAAGAAGAAGCAGCAGGGGUGGAGGAAGCGGGCAAAAACGUGGCAGGAGGAACGGAUGAGAGUGGGGAAGAGGGGCGAAGGGAUGAGGAAGAUGAAUCCGAAGCAAACACGGGAUUGGCGCAAUCCAGACCAAGGGCGAGCAAGAGGGGGAGGCGGAGACGAAGGGCGUUCGCUGACUCAUUCUACAAGCUGACGAGAGCAGAGGGCAGCAAGGGGGAGAAGGGCGCACAGGGCGGACUCAAGGGGCGUUCAGACAAGAAGGGGGGCGGGCGGCUGAUGGCAGGCUGGAGGGACAUGUUCAAUCUGAUCGUGCCGUGGAGGCAGAUGGGCGAGCCCACGGACCUUGUGGCUUGGGUCGACCUGCUAGAGAACGAGAUCGAGAGGGGGUACGGAAGCCUGACUGGCAUUCAGAUUGGCCAGUUGCAGAAUGUCAAGUACUACCCGCUCAGAGACAGAACUCUGGAGGUGGUGAAGCAGCGGCUGCUGGAAUCAGAGGAAGCUUCCAACGCAACGGGCAUGACUCUGAGCUCCAAGAGCGUGCAUGGCCUCAUGGGCGCAUCACUGGGGGACAAGUUCCGCAUUCCGAGAAACAUCUACGGUGAAAGGAUUGAGCAGGCAGGGACUGUGCAGGAGCUCCAUGAGGUGGUGGGCUGCGACUUCUUCAUCAACUCGCAGUGCUUCAGUGAAGCCAUUCCCGGCAAGGCUCUUCUUGGGACGGAGUUCUCCAUUGUGUCAUCCGCUCGGUCGUUUGACUUCGUCAUUCGCACUACAGUGGACAAGCACCGUUGGAAGGACCUGGAUUUGGAGUUAACAGCAGCAUGGGAGGCCCUGUGUGAGUCAGUGCUGGACGCACGGACAGAGGCAGCAGAUCCUCACCUCUACCGCCAGAGGAUUCAGCGCUCCAUCCUCAGGCUGGGGUACUUCUGGUAUCAGUUCAUGCCUCUCACUAGAGGCUCAGCAAUGGUGGGGCUGAUCUCCAUCCUGGGUCUGUCCCUGGCUGCUGACAUGGAGACCACCGCUCUCAUCCCUGAGGGGGUUCAGGUUGAUUGGGAAGCGUUGCUCUCUCCUACAUUUGCAAAGUUUAAUGAUUCUGUGGCGCCGUGGCUAUACGAGCAUGUAAAGCCUGCACCUUGGGACUUGCCUCGUGUGCGUGACGCACUUCCCACAACGCAUCAUGUUGUCAGUGCACUCAGCCAGGGAUAUUGAUUGCCAGAUCUACUGAUAGAAUUUCAAGCGUGUGUAACUUUCAGACUCCCAAAACUGGAAAAUGCGUGUUGGCUAUAAGCUACCAGAAAAAUGUAAGUGGGUGAGACCAGCAUCC